AUGUCAUAAGAGAAAUUCCCAAUUUCUUUUCUCUCUCGUUGGCUAGCUCUUUUCUUCGCCUGGAUUUUUCUCCCGAAUCUAGGGUUUCUUGAUUUCAUGGUUGGCUUGUUUCGACUGAGAUUUCAACUGAAGUUCUAUUAGAUUUCUCUCUCUUUCUUUCAAUAAUCAAAGAAGAUCGACAACAAUGAGUGCUGUGAAUAUUACGAACGUGACAGUUUUAGAUAAUCCAUCGGCGUUUCAGAAUCCCUUCCAGUUCGAGAUUUCUUAUGAAUGUUUGAUUCCUCUUAAAGAUGAUCUGGAAUGGAAACUCAUAUACGUAGGAUCUGCAGAAGAUGAUUCUUAUGAUCAACUUUUAGAAAGUGUGCUUGUUGGGCCAGUCAAUGUGGGCAACUAUCGUUUUGUUUUCCAGGCAGAUCCUCCAGACCCAUCUAAGAUCCGCGAAGAAGAUAUCAUAGGUGUGACAGUGUUGCUUUUGACGUGCUCAUAUGUUGGCCAAGAAUUUCUCAGAGUGGGGUACUACGUUAACAAUGAUUAUGAAGAUGAACAGCUAAGAGAAGAACCACCGCAAAAGGUCUUGAUUGAUGAAGUCCAGAGAAAUAUAUUAGCCGAUAAGCCUCGUGUUACAAAAUUCCCAAUCAGUUUUCAGCCAGAAACCACGACUGAGAAUGGAGGAGAAAGCCAGCUACCACCCUCGCCAGAUCAUCCUCCUUCUGAGGCCAUUGAAAAUGGGGAAAAACCUCCUUCACCUGAGGACGUUCCAGCUGCUGAACCUUGAUCUUUUUCCAUUUGCUAGUUUUCUUCUUGGUAGACAUUAAAUCUUAUGCGAUGAUAUUGCGGGUGAACACUAUGCAACGAUAAUUUUUUUUUUUCCGUAAAAUCAGUGUUUUGGGGGUCAAUGAAUUUUGUGAGUUCUCAAGUUCCUUGAUCGAUUUGUGCAGUCCUUCACAAAAUUUGUAUAGUUAGGUCUACCGUGAACUUAUGCUAUUAAAUUUUGUGUGAGAAGAGACCCAUAAUCCUUGUGAAAAAUGUCCUUGUCGUUCUGUGAAUUGAAUUCUCUCCGGCCAGUUUUAGCUGCUGUUCUGUCA